CUUUCUGCCGCGGCCCGUGACCACGUUGUGUUAAAUUUUGAUUGCUUACACAACCUCAGUGAUACCUGAUAUUCAAAUGAAGUAGUCUUUUAGGUAAAUGGAAAAGUCUUUCAGGAAGCCAAAUCUUGAUCUUUCUGAGGAGAGCAUCUGGGUUUCAUUGUCUCUGCCAGCUCAAAUAACAUAGACUACAUUAAGGAACCGUAAGCAUUUAAUCUGCGGAAUUCAGCAUUUCAUUGACCAGUAACAAAGCCAUUGGUAUAAUAUUUUCCAAGCCUAGAGCCAACCCUUUGAGGUCCAGGAAUACUCCUAAGCUAUCGAAGAGAAACUGAGUGAUGGAAAAGAAGACACACUUCAAAUACUGGGAUGACAUGGAUGUUUAGGAACUGCAUAGGCAGCGGCGGGAACCACUGAGCUAAAUGCCUGGCCAAUGCUGAUAGUUCUAAUUGAUGUAUCAAAUUCAGUGGAUUAGCAGCUGAUGUUAUUAGUAAAGUUCUGCUCUCUGAUGCAACACGUAGACUAUCCACAGAAGACUUAGAAUAAAAAAGCUGUUGUUUUACAUCAAACUGGAGCACUGGAGCAAAGGAUAUAAUUUAUCUGAAGUUGAGGGCAAGGUCAGACCUGAGAGCAACAAAAUAGAAUAGCUACAAUCAACUCCAAUCCCAUCAAGCCUUCAUGAUGUUCCCCUUGGCCAAAUGGGUGCUGCUUAAUGGUCUCAAGAGGCAAACCAUUCAACGUAUGGCAACAAGACAAACCCAUAUGAAACACUCACCAAAUUUCCAUGACAAAUAUGGCAACACCGUGCUGGCUGGUGGAGCCAUUUUCUGUGUUGUUACAUGGUUGUUUUUAACUACUAAGAUGGGAAUAGCAUGGAACCCAUCUCCUGUUGGCCACGUCACCCCAAAAGAGUGGAAAAAUAAAUAAUUAUCCCUACUACUAUAAUACAGAAUUGUUUAAAACCCAACUUGUUAUGUACACGUUCUACUUACUGCUCAUUUAAAAAU